GUUUGGUUGCUGAGCGACUCUAUGGAGUGACCGAGCGAGUGGUGGAGGAAUCAGAUCCAGUCGGAGUUUAGGAGAGUGAACAUCUGAAGAGUGGACGCUUCUCACCUCAGCAUCAUCAUCAUCACCAGAUUACAGGACCCUGUUUUUUUCCGUGAUAUGCAGCUGUAGACGUCAUUAAGAGAUAAUGAAUGGGGAAAUACGGACCUCUGCUCUCAGCGGUGUGUUUAACACUGGAAUCAAAGAACCUGCAAUCAACGUAAUGCAAGAUGAGAAGAUCGACUGUGCCAUAGUUCACUUGGGUCACCUCAGUAAAGAUCAAGCGUCGAAUUUACUCAAGGUCCUUCAUACUUAUGAUGAGAACCUUGAAAUUAAAACCAAACCCAGUGCAAGUGGUGGACUGAGAUUCGGUGAUUUGUUUCUAAAAGGUGAAGCUCCAAAAUUUCAAGCACCAUCUGCUGACAUCCAAGGGCUAAAUGGAAAUUUAAGUCUCCCAGGUAUCAAAGGUGACCUCUCGGCUCCUUCCGUGAACGAACUCCCAGAGAUGAACCUGAAGGGUUCCACACCAGAGCUGACAGUCGGGGACAGGGGCAAGUUCACCAUGCCAACCAUUGGCAUGACGGGGCCAAAACUUAAAGGCGCUAAUCUAGAUGGCAGCAUCACUUCUCCGACGCUGAACUCUCCAGAUCUGUGCUCUACAACCCCUAAGUUCCAAAUGCCAAAAUUUCAGGGCAGUUCUCUUGAUUUCGAUGCCAAUGCACCUGAUGUAGAUGUGGAUCUGCCAAAUGCUGAACUGAGAGGCCCGAAGCUUAACGCUGAACUUCCAGAUGCUGACAUUGAAGGAGCUUCCAAAAUUAAAUGGCCCAAAUUCAAGAAACCCAAAGGAAAAGUGAAAGGACAGUUGGGAGACAUUGAUGCCGAUCUGAAUACUCCAGACAUCAAUAUGACAGCACCCAAAGUGAAUGCAGACAUCAAUGCACCAAAUGUUGAUAUUCAUGGCCAGGAUGUUGAUAUCAAUACUCCAAAAGUAAAUAUCGGUGCCCCGUCUGCAAAAUCAAAGUUUCUCACUCUCAAGCUUCCAAAGUUAAACAAACCAAAGGUGGAAGGACCAAAUCUUGAUGCAGACAUAAAGACACCAGAUUUGGAUGUAGGCGUGAACCUGCCAAAAGCUAAGCUUGAAGGGCCAGCCAUAGAUGCCAAAGCUCCAGAUCUCAAAUUCUCUGCACCAAAGGUAGAAGGUGCUAUUGGUACACCAGACCUAGACUUCAAAACUCCUAAAAUUGAUGCUGAAGCUCCAUCUGCUAAAUUCAAGCUACCCAAACUGCCCAAAUUUAAUGCCCCUAGUGGAAAAAUCAAAGGACCAAAUGUAGAUGCUGAUCUGAAUGUCCCGGAUGUUGAUGUCAAUGGAGAUGUGAACCUGAAAACUCCCACAAUUGAUGCCCCAUCUGCAAAACUAAAAAAGCCACAUAUUAAGAUGCCUAAAUUCAGUCUUACUGCUCCAAGAGUAAAAGCACCAAAUGUUGAUGCAAAUCUGCGAGCACCAGAUGUAGAUGUGAACCUACCAUCAGGUGAGCUCAAAGGCCCUAAUCUGGACCUAAAGGCACCCAAGAUUGACGGUUCUCUAGAUUUGCCAAAAGCUGACGUGAAAAGUCCAAAUCUUAACCUUCAUGCAAAAUCACCAGAUCUUAACCUCACUGCUCCAGAUGUAGAUCUGAACCUACCAAAAGGAGAAAUCAAGGGCCCUGAUGUGGAUCUAAAUGCCCCUAAUGUUGAUGCCCCAUCUGGAAAAUUAAAGGUGCCACACUUCAAAAUGCCUAAAUUCAACCUCUCUGGACCAAGGGUCAAAGGACCAAAUGUUGACGCAGACCUGAAUGCCCCAAACAUAGACAUGGAUUUACCUAAGGCAGAUCUCAGAGGACCUGAUCUUAACCUGAAUGCACCAAAGGUUGAUCUCUCUAGUCCAGAUGUGGACCUGAACAUGCCAAAGGGAAGUCUUCAAGGCCCUGAUGUAGACCUGAAGGUCCCAGAUGCCAACCUUGAUGCCCCAUCUGGAAAAGUAAAGGUGCCACACUUCAAGAUGCCCAAAUUCAACCUCUCUGGACCAAGGGUCAAAGGACCAAAUGUUGAUGCAGACCUGAAUGCCCCAAACAUAGACUUGGAUCUACCUAAGGCAGAUCUCAGAGGACCUGAUCUUAACCUGAAUGCACCAAAGGUUGAUAUCUCGAGUCCAGAUGUGGACCUGAACUUGCCAAAGGGAAGUCUUCAAGGCCCUGAUGUAGAUCUGAAGGUCCCAGAUGCCAACAUUGAUGCCCCAUCUGGAAAAUUAAAGAUGCCUCACCUCAAGAUGCCCAAAUUCAACCUCUCUGGACCGAAGGUCAAAGGGCCAAAUAUUGAUGCAGACCUGAAUGCCCCAAACAUAGACAUGGAUCUACCUAAGGCAGAUCUUAGAGGACCUGAUCUUAACCUGAACGCACCGAAGGUUGAUCUCUCGAGUCCAGAUGUAGACCUGAACUUGCAGAAAGGAAGUCUUCAAAGCCCUGAUGUAGAUCUGAAGGUCCCAGAUGCCAACAUUGAUGCCCCAUCUGGAAAAUUUAAGAUGCCUCACCUUAAGCUCCCCAAAUUCAACGUCUCUGGACCAAACGUUAAUGAGCCUAACCUGAAUGCAGAUUUGAAUGCUUCUCUUCCUAAGAUUGAUGGAGAACUGAACAAACCAGAUGUUGACCUAAAUCUACCAAACACUAAAUUCAGUGCACCUGAUGUUGACGUGAAACUACCCAAAGCUGAUGUUAAGGUUCCUGAUGUGGAUGUUAAGACUCCGGAAUUAGAGGCCCCAUCUGGAAAGUUUAAAUUGUUCACUCUCAAAAAACCCAAAAUCGGUGUAUCCGGUCCUAAAGUAAAGACUCCAGACGUCGACGUCAAUGCUUCGGUCAAAAGUCCAGACCUCAACCUAUCAGCCCCAACAAUUGAUGCAGAUGUUAAAGCUCCAAAUGCCAGUGUGAACCUGCCUACAGCUGAUCUCAAAGGUCCCAGUGUUGAUGUAGAUGCCCCUAAAGGAAAGAUCAAAUUUCCAACACUGAAACGGUUUAAUAUUUCUGGUCCUAAAGUAAAAUCACCUGAUUUUGAUGAACCCGAUGUGAGCUUGUCCACACCCAAAGUUGAGAGCCCUAACGUCGAUCUGAGCUUACCCAAAGGAGAGCUUAAUGUAGAAUCUCCAGACAUCAAUGUUGAUGGGUCUAAGAGUAAAUUAAAGUGGCCGUUCAAACGGUCAAACAACGGAUCCAUCGAAGCGAAAGUAGAUACCGUUGACGUGAACAUGGAUGGCAGCAUAGUCAGUCCGGAUGCAGACGUCAACCUUCCAAAAAGUCUGCCCAUGUUCAAAACACACCGACUUCCCAACAGCAAAUUUGAUGAUUUCCUGCAAGAAGCUACUGGAGCUGUUGACCUUAAUACCAACACCACUAAAGUAGAACCACAGGCCGGGAUCUCCUCAGGUCCAAUCCUCCCCAGGAUCAAAGCCGGGUGGAAAUCAUCCACAGGAACUCUCGACUCUAACGGACACACACCGACAAUCGACAUCAAAGAAAGGCUACGACUUUUUGCAGCACGCUCCACCAGCGACCUCACAGCACCUUCCAGCAUCAAUCUGGAGAACGCUGAACUCCCAAACAAGUCUACUGCGGUGAAACGAGGAACGUUUAAAGUGACGAAUCCCGACACCGAUAAGGACUAUCCGAUAAUCAGCAAGGAAAAGAAACUUUCUCUGAGUCUGAACAACAUGCUUGGGUUGAGCGCCGACUCAGAUGCUGAAGAAUAGCUUCAAGACUUCAAACUUUAACCCUCGAAAAUGAUAAAAUGAUUAUUUUAUUAUAUUUCUUUUGUUUACAUUAUUAUUAAAGCUGUUUUUUUCUAAACACUAUCACUGGGCAUAAAUAUAAAGAAUACAGAAUGAUGUAAAAAAAAAAUAAAGAUUUUUUUUUUUAAUUUUGUAUUUAUGUGGGUGAAGUUUAGUAUGUUGUCAGAUAUAAUACCUAACUACAAAACUUCUAACUUCUAUUUUGUAUAAAGUACCACUGUGUCAAUCAUGAUAUAGUUACAAGAAUUGUGAUAUGAAGGAAAACAUGUUGCAUUUUAUUUACCAUAUAAACCA